AUGGAGCAGCCGGUCGACAUCGAGAAGCAGCAUUCUGACAAGGACAAGCAACCCGCAGAGAACGACGAGAAGCAAACCUCUCCAGUUGUAUCGGAAGAUCCCUUCUUAGUCAAGUUCGCUGCACCCAUUGACCUCGAAAAUCCCCAAAACUGGCCAGCAACCAGGAAAUGGGCAGUAACAAGUGUUCUGUCCGCAACUGGCUUCAACCGAAUCAUGGUUUCAACCAUCAUGGCUCCUGCACUUUCAACCAUUGGCAGUGAGCUACACAUGAGCAACAUUGAAUCAGUCAUGGCCAUGUCUGUCUACCUCCUCGCAACAGCCUUCGGCCCGCUAUUGAUAGGCCCACUCUCCGAGGUCUAUGGACGCAAGCCCAUGCUACACGCAACGAACAUCUGGUUCCUCGGUUGGAACAUCGUCUGCGGAUUCGCUAACAGCAAAGGGCUGCUUAUUUCUGCUCGAUUUCUUGCGGGCUUCGGAGCUAGCGCUAUCUAUGCUCUCGCAGGUGGUGUUUUGGGAGAUGUAUGGCCGCCAGAGCAGCGUGGUACAUCCUUGGGGAUGUAUAUCAUGAUCCCGAUACUUGGUUCAGCAUGUGGACCCAUCAUUGGAGCUUUCAUAAUCCAAACAACGACCUGGCGUUGGAUUUUCUGGUCGACGUCUAUUAUUCAAGCUGCUAUGGUUGUCAUGUCUUUGCUAGUCUUCAAGGAAACUCACGCACCAACCAUUCUCAAGAAAAGGGCGAAACAUUUCCGGAAAACUACUGGUAACGAAAGCUACUAUACGGAGGUAGAAAGACUUGACGUGGGACGAUCAAUGUCCGGGAUCAUCCGGAACAGCCUUACACGACCGAUCCGAAUGCUCAUGUUCCAUCCUAUUGUGCAAGUCCAAGCACUCAUGUCAGGAUUUAGUUAUGGGAUCCUCUAUCUUGUGUUAUCGACUUUCUCCGAUCUUUGGACCAACCAGUAUCACGAAUCCAUAUCAAUUAGUGGUCUUCACUAUAUAGCCAUUUGCCUCGGCGAAAUCAUUGGCUGUGUCAUUGGUGGUCCACUUAUCGACUACAGUUUCCGCAGAUUGAAGAGGCGAACCGACGGUGUGGCUCUCCCCGAGUUUCGCGUUCCAAUCAUGAUACCUGCAUAUAUUCUUGGACCUCUCGGGCUAUUCAUGUAUGGCUGGGCCGCUGACAAGCUCGUGCAAUGGGUCGUUGUGGACAUCGGGGUUGCCAUAUUGGCUUUUGGAAUGCAAAUCGGCGAUACGGCAUUGCAGGCCUAUGUCAUUGACUCCUACCCAGGCUACACGAGCUCUGCAUCAGCGGCCACUCAGUUUCUACGCAGUCUGGCAGCUUUUGGAUUCCCUCUGUUUGCACCGAAGAUGUAUGAGGUGUUGGGGUAUGGUUGGGGGAAUAGCACGUUGGCUUUUGUUGGCCUUGCGAUUGGGAUACCUGCCCCAUUGCUGAUCUGGGCAUACGGCCCAAAGCUGCGUGCGAAAGCUCAAUCUAGUCACUGA